AUGUCGCGAGAUCUCCAGCAGCGCCGGCAGGAGGUGGCAGAGAAAGCGCGCUGCCUCGAGCUAGCCACGGUGCAGACGGCCGAGGUGACUGGCGAGCUGCGCCGAGCCAGGGCAGGAUUACAGCGUUUUCAGUCUCGUUCCGAGGCACUGGCUCUGCAGGUGGAACAGCUCAAGUCGCGUCUUGAAAAAGGUGAGCUCCACACGAUCGAGUUCAGUGCAACUCCAGUAGGCUCGUCUGAAGAGACUCGGGCUGAAGCUGAGCGUUCAGCUCGACUGGCUCUGGAGCGUCGUGUCGCCUCGGAAACCGCAUUGGCGGCCUCACGGCACCGCGUCGAGUCGGCGCUUGACAAAGCUGGCAGAGCCGAUGCUGAGGCUGCUGGGCUACGAGGCGAGUUAGACCGCCAGCGCACAACGAUCAACACUCAAAUUGAGCAGUCGAGGCGGCGUGUCAUCAGAGCCGAAGCAGAGGUGGCAAAGUUGACUCGGCAAUUGGAGGCGGAACGUGUAAGACGCUCAAUGAGCGGGAUUUGGUCGAAUAUGAAAUUUUUGUUUUAUAGGCAGGUAGAUCUGCCAUAA